AUGAGCCAGAGCCAGCGCGGGGAUGCGCCGCCGCCGCUCGCCGAGCAGCUCCAGGCGCUCGGGUGGUACCACGACAGCCUCACCCGGCACGCGGCGGAAGCGCUGCUGCUCUCCAACGGGCAGGAUGGGAGCUACCUCUUGAGGAAGAGCAAUGAAAAGGAAGGCCUGUACUCCCUCUCUGUAAGGGGAAAAGAUUCUGUGAAACACUUCCACGUGGAACAUACAGGAACCACAUUCAAAUUUGGAUUUAAUGAAUUUUCUAACCUGAAGGAAUUGGUCAUGCAUUUCGCAAAUCAACCUUUAAUUGGAAGCGAGACAGGAACCCUGAUCGUACUGAAGCACCCCUAUCCCCGCAGGGUGGAGGAACCCUCCAUUUACGAGUCCGUGCGAGUCCACACGGCCAUGCAGACGGGAAAGACGGAAGAGGAUCUCAUCCCAAACGCRCCCUCCCUUGGUACAAAAGAAGGAUAUUUGGUCAAACAAGGCAGAAUAGUCAAGAACUGGAAGACACGGUGGUUUACGCUGCACAGGAACGAACUCAAGUAUUUCAAAGACCAGACAGCCACAGAACCAAUUCGGGCACUGGACCUAACUGAAUGCUCAGCUGUGCAGUUCGACUACUCCCAGGAAAGAGUCAAUUGCUUCUGCUUAGUGUUCCCGCUAAGGACAUACUACCUGUGUGCAAAGACUGGAAUAGAAGCAGAUGAGUGGAUCAAAAUCCUGCGCUGGAAACUGUCCCAAAUACGGAAGCAGCUGGAGCAGCGCGACGCCCCCCUCACRCCGUAG